GUCUGUCAGUGACGUUUGGUUUGCUUCGUGUAAAUUUUGUGAUGUACAAGUUUCGAAUCCGUCUAUUUAUCAAUGAAUAUGGUGUACAUUAAUAGAUAAUGGUUGUUUAUGUUGCCUAUUUAAUAAUAAACUAAAGACACUGUGUAGAAGUCCAUAAUAUUGUUAUUUUAUUACUAUAAUGGAGGAUCUCAAUUUGACAGAAACCGAAAUGAGAUAUUUCGGUGAUUUGUUUUUAUGUUGUGACGAGGAAUCCAAUGGGAAAAUACCGAUUUUGAAAGCAACAGAAUUAUUUCGAUCAUCAAAUGUACACAACGAUGUCCUAAAACAGAUCAUGGAUAUAAGCGUUGCUCCUAACAACUGUUCGUCACUGAGUCAUAUGAACAGAAAACAAUUUUAUUCAGCACUGAAACUAAUAGCAGCCCAUCAAACAAACAUGACUUUGAAGCCUGAGCUAUUGUCCACUCCUGUGGAUUUGCCUUUGCCCAGGUUUACAUGGGCGCUCAAUUCUGAAGCGAAUGCUGACUUGAUACAGUUGUCUAGUUCACCGCAAGAGCACCAACAUCACUUGGGUAAAAGAGAGAGAAAUUUUGGGGGAACCCUUGGUGCAUAUGAGCCUAUUAGACUGUCAUCCAACAUGUCGGACAGUGAUGUCCCACAGACGUUGUCUCACGACACUACUGAAGGAUUAAGUACAGAUUCUGAAAUUGAAUCUGAGACGUUGUCCCAGCGAUCAGGAUCACGUGGGAGGAGAGUAGGCAAGACUGGUUCACCGUGGAGUACGGCUAGCGAGAGUCCGACGCCGACCAAUAGCGUGGCGGAACGAGUACACCCUGUGUGGGAACAUAGCGCCACCGGCCGGGGGGUGUGGCCCGCUAACACUGGGGAGGAACACACACGAUUACUUGGUACUGAAGAAGAGUCGUCGGACCGCCACUCGUCGGAGGAGGAGGGCGACGCGUCGGACGACGUGUGGGCGCUGUCGGACGCGCAGGCGCGGCACUACGCGGCGCAGUUCGCGCAGCUGCGUCCAGAACGCGGCAUGUUAUCCGGACAGACUGCUAGGUUAUUUUUCGAAAAAUCUCACCUACCGGUACCCGACCUCCGGAAGAUAUGGCAGCUGUCGGACAUCAACAAGGAUGGCAUGCUAACGCUGGAGGAGUUCAGUAUAGCGAUGCACCUGAUCGUGCUGCGGCGGAACAACAUCCCCGUGCCCGACGCCCUCCCCGCCUGCCUCGUGCCGCGCGUCGACUCGCGCUACUCCGCGCACGCCGUCACCACCGACCUCGUCGACCUCGGCGCCGACAUGUUCAGCUCCGGCACCUCCGCCGACUUCAACUUCGCGCCCAAACCCGACGCGCACGACCCCUACGACGCCACCAAAAUCACUAAGAAACAACCCGAAGAACGACCACCCUCGUUGACUCCGCCGAAAGCCGAAACACAAGUCAACAAUAAGGAGUGGACUAAAUUUGUAGACUCGCCGACAUCGAGCGUGUCCAGCCCCGGGCCCAAGCCUGUCAACUUCGACUUCCACAAGUCGGCGGUGGAGCGCGACCCUAAGAUCUUCCACCCCGUGGCCGUGCGCGUGACGCCCGACGGCAACUCCCUGCCGCCGCACGACGACGCGCGGGGCAGCACCUCGCCGCGCCGCGACGCCUUCGAGCUCGCCUCGCCUAAACGUCUCAACUCCACUGAACCGCCGUCCAACGGCGCUGAAAUAAAGUCUAUCCAGCGGCCACAGCCGCGCAAGCCCGUCAAGCCGGCGGGAGUCCUUCCCCCUCCCCCUGCGCGUGACGAUGGUCCCCAGUCAUUGCAGGCACCUCCCUAUGCUCCUAAGAAGGAGCCCCCGCCGCCGCCGCCCCCGCGCCCGCUUCGUAAUCACGCUCGCUCCAGUUCGCUCGAUCUGAAUCGGCUUAAAUCUGCACCCGCUCCGCCUCCGCAGCCGCCACCGCGGGCGUCACCCUCAACAGCUGAACCACCGCGUCGCCUGGCCAACCAGCGCAGCGAGGGCGAGCCGGCGUUCCCGCCGGACGCGUUCUCUGCGCGGGAGUACGACACGGAGGGGUUCGGGUACGCGCGCGAGGACGCGCCCAAGAUGCACGGCGCGUUCGAGGUGUACCGCAAGCCCGCCGCCGCCGCCGCCGCCUCGCCCGCGCCCGACGCGCGCGCGCUGGCGGAGCAGAACGCCGUGCUGCACCGCGUGUGCCGCGCGCUGCAGGCCGAGCUCGCCGACGUCACGCGCGACCGCGAGGCGCUGCGCGUGCGCCUCGACGCCGCCACGCACGCACACAUGUAAUCUCAACGCAUCUACUGCUGUCCUAUUGCCGAUGCAAACAUUAUAACUAGCGCCUCCAGUGGCAAAAUUGUGAAGCUGUCUAAGAACGACACUUUGUGUCAAAAUACAAA